CCUUCGCUACGCCUCUGACUUGAAAUCUCAGUGUGGAAUGGGGAUGGCUUUAACUAGACAACAACAUAUGUUUAUGUCCCUUGUCUACAUGAGGCUUUACAAAAUGUUAGCUAUCACACGCAUCACACAUUUAAAUCCUACUCUACACAUGGCCAGAAUGGCCCCAUAGGGUUCUCUGAUUCAUGUCCCAUCCUCCCCAAAGGGAAUGAGAAGGCCUCUUUGUUUGGAACCUUAAUGUUCUGUUAAGGCAGCCUCGCAGAAUUCUACUUCUACCUCUCACGGGCAAGUACAGGCUAGGAAACUUAAUUAAUAGCUUUUCCUUAUCACAAGGGUGGGCAAAGUAGGUUUUGUGCGUGGGCCAGUAAGGACAAGCAUGCAAGGCUCUGUGUAGGGUGCCAGUUCCCAUGUUAGCAGGAAAGCAAGGCACCAAUAGCGCACUUAGUGAUGCUGGGGACAGAGCGGAAUCACUAGUGACUGUGUCAGGCUUCCUUGGCCCUGUCGCCCAUUGAUUCGGUAACGAAGUGCGUGUGACAGACUUGUGUAGGAAGGUGUCUGGCCAGGGUACUGUCUAGUGCAGGAGAAGGGGGAGCGGCUGGCGGAGAGAAGCCAGCUGGAGCUUGAACCAGGAGUGACGUGACCUAGAAACCUCUUCAUCAGCUUUGUCUUAUUUUCCAGGCCUAUCAUGACUCUGAGAUUCAGUCCCUGAAGAAGUAGGUGCUCUUUGUUGCCAUGACGACAGGCGACUGCUGCCAUCUACCUGGCUCACUGUGCGAUUGUCCGGGCAGUGCUGCGUUGUCUAAGUCGGUGGAGGACUCUGACAUUGGGCGACCACAGUAUGUCACCCAAGUGACUGCAAAAGAUGGCCGGCUGCUCUCCACAGUCAUCAAAGCCCUGGGAGCACAAAGUGAUGGUCCCAUCUGUCGAAUCUGCCAUGAAGGUGGAAAUGGGGAGGGGCUGCUUUCUCCCUGCGACUGCACAGGAACAUUGGGGACCGUGCACAAGAGCUGCCUGGAAAAAUGGCUCUCCUCCUCCAACACUAGUUACUGUGAGCUCUGCCACACUGAAUUUGUCGUGGAGAGAAGACCAAGGCCACUCACAGAGUGGCUGAAGGAUCCUGGCCCUCGUAACGAGAAGAGGACCCUCUUCUGCGACUUGGUGUGUUUCCUGUUCAUUACUCCCCUGGCGGCAAUCUCGGGUUGGCUGUGUCUCCGUGGUGCCCAAGAUCACCUGCAGUUCAACAGCCGGCUGGAAGCCAUCGGACUCAUAGCACUUACUAUUGCACUUUUCACUAUCUAUGUCCUUUGGACACUGGUCUCAUUCCGUUAUCACUGCCAGCUGUAUUCAGAGUGGAGAAGGACCAAUCAGAAAGUCCGCUUAAUGAUUCCGGACUCCAAGAGCUCUCGCCCUGUUCAGCAUUCCCUGCUCUCCACCCAGCUCCUGAAGAAGACGGCAGAUGAAACAACUGUGUGAAUUACCCCCUGCCAGGCAUCCUCCAGUGGAGCAAGGUGAGGACCAGAGUGGCUCUCUAGGAGCGUCGGCAGAGAAGCAGAUCGAGCUGUUUCCUGGGGACAAGGCAUGUGGUGGCUGCAGGGAUCUGGCAAAGCGAUCAUCCCAACACAAAGGGACUUGCUCUCAGCGCCAGCAAACAAACAGAUGAUAAGCAUCUGGCUGCCUGCAAUGGCCCUAAAGGGCUCUGAGUCCAGAGACAGAAGGCCAGAAGUGUUUAUCUGCCAGAAUUCUUUCUUGAAACAAAAUACAUUACUUGGGGAAAAAAAUCCCUCUAUAUAUCUAUAUAUAAAUACUAUUUUUAAUGGC